AUGGGCUGGGGAGCGGUCACCGGCAGCUGCCUGCUCUCGCUGACCGCGCACCACUUCGUUCCCCCGGGCACCGUCCAACACUGGGCGCUCUCCUUGAGCGGGCUCCUGUUCGUGGCCGUCGUCCUUCCGCUCCUCGACGUCGCCACCGGCGCAGAGGCCACUUCACAGCCAGUCUUCCCGAGCCGCCCGGGCGAGGCCGCGCUGUUCCAGGCCGUGCAGCUGCUCGUCCUCCCCGCGCACCUCGCGGUCGUCGCAGCCUGGGUGCACGCGGCGGCCACCGUCCCGUUCAACCCCCUCCUGUGGGCCGCGUGGUUUGCCUCGACGGCGGCGCACGGCGGCGUCGCGUUCACCGCCGCGCACGAGGGCGUCCACCGCGGCGGCUGGCAGGGCAUCGCGGCGCGGAUCCUGCUCGCGUCGUGCUGUUACGGCCACUGGGAACAGGGGCACCUGGCGCACCACGCGGCUGCGGGGACUGAGCGGGACGCGGCCACGGCGCGGCUGAACGAGCCGCUGCUGCCGGACUUCCUGGUGAGGAACGUCAAGGGCGCGUGGGCGGACGGCGUGGCCGCGGGUGGGAGGGCUGGCAUGGCGCGAUGGGCGGGCGCCAGCGUGGCGUUCGGGUGGGCGGCCGCGCUCGCGGCCGGCCCGAUGGGCCUCGCGGGCUUCCUGGCGUGCGCGGCCUCGUGCAUCACGAUGCUCAACUUCGCAGACUACAUCGAGCACUACGGUCUGCAGUUCCCGGAGCACGCCAGGCGGCGCGACCCCGUGUCAGUCACGUGGGACGCUGACUGGAUUGCAAGCAACUGCGCCACCUUCUUCCUGCAGCGGCACUCGCACCACCACCGCCAGCCGUCGCGCGCGUACUACGCCCUCCGCUCCUUCCGCGACCGCGCCGACGCCCCCAAGAUGCCAAUGUCGUACCCUGCGAUGUUCCUCCUGGCCGCGGUGCCGCCGUUGUGGUUCCGGGUAAUGAACCCGCGCGUGCGGCAGCACCAGGAGCGGGUCGUGAAGGAGAUGAUCGACGACAUCAACCAGGCGAUCGACGACAACGGGCUGGAAGCAGCGGCGGCGCUGCGCAGCAAUUGA